CCAUGCGCUUUAACAAACCCGAACUGAACUCCCUGGCCAGCAAUCCAGCGACGCGGUUCGACAAGGAGGGCCUGCUCAUCAUCACCGACCGCCAGGAGGGAUUCCUCUGGCGCUCCAGCGAAGUUCGAGUUGAGCGUUGGUGCAAACUGCGUGGCAAUCUGCUGUUCUACCUCAAGGACAAGGACCCCAAGUCGCCGGUGGCGGGCCUCCUAGUGCUGGAGAACUGUCGUCCGCGCAUCCACAAUGAGCAGCGGGAGCCCGAGGGCUACGUUUUCGAUCUAGACUUCAAGGACAGCUCGUCGGAGCGCCUGAUCAGCCGCUCGUCGGCCGAGCGCCUCUCCUGGGUGCAGUGCAUCGAGCAGGCCUCCAGCGAGCAGCUGAACCAGCUGAUACGCCAGCUGAAGGAUCAGAUUGUGGCCCAGAGCCGCCCGUCAAGCGGAGGAGGCAUCAGCAUGGGCAACCACAUUGACUUGGGCAUGCCGCUGGAGCAGCAGGUCCAGGAGCAGCUGCAGCUGCAAUCGGAGCAGUCGGAGCAGCCAGCGGCGACCAUGGAGCAGCAGGUGGCGCCGUUUGAAGAACUCGAUCUCUCGGAGCUGCCCAUCUGCGAGACGGCGCUCUCCUGCGACACUUUGCCACUGGACACGAUGGGCCGGCCGCCCAAUCCGCAGGUGGUGUGCUCCCUGCUGCCGGCCGCUGGCGAGGAUUGCCAGCUGUGGCGGGAGCACGCCCGCACGGAGCUGCAGGAGCGGACGCGCAGCCCCCAGUUCCUGUGCACCAUGCGCUUCCAGCGCAGCGCCGGCUUCUCGGCGGCCACGCGGCUGCGCUUCAGCGUCUUCGACGUCCGCGAGCGGCUGACGCUCACCGCCCUGCCGCUGGGCCACGCCGAGGUGGCCCUGGGCGUCAUCCAGGACACCAGCCGGCUGCGCCUGCCGCUCGCCUCGCCGCGCGGCGAGUGCGGCUUCAUCACGCUGGCCUCCUGGUCGCCCGACGCCGCCGUCGAGCCCGGCCAGUCGACGGGCAACGGGCCGCCGCGCUCCAGCACGCAGCUUUUCGAAGGAUCUGGAGCAGGAGGAGGAGCAGGAACAGGGCCAGGAGCCACCACAGGUGGCAGACGAGUCCAUCGCCGCACGCAGUCGCUGCCGCCGAAGCUGGGCGUCCGUCUGUUUGUUCCCCAGCAGUGCGGCCUGCAGCGCGUGUGCUCGAAUCCCCGCCUGCGCACCUACCGGCUGCACUCGUCCCUCGGAGCGGACAUCAGCGUCCAGGAGACGCUGCUCGAGUCGCGCCUGUGCUGCCAGCUGCCCCAGCAGCUGCUCUCCAUCUGGAUCCAGCGCGAGAAGGAGCUGCUGCAGGAGAUCUCCGGCAUGGGCGAGCUGAGCGGCGAGUGGCGCUGGCGGCAGAUGAACCUGCUCGAGGAGCACCUGCGCCUGCUCAAGGAUUACUCGCAGGCCAAGCAGAAUAUCCAGCAGCUGGCCCGCGAUGGCGUUUACUUCAAGCGAUCUUCGGCGAAGGCGGACGAAUCCCUGGAGUUUCUCCCUGUGAAUCUGCAUGUCCAGCGGAUGUGGGCCCAGAAUGACACACUCCAGCGACGUGGCCUUCUGGACGUGGUCACCGUGGGCGCCUUCACGCGCCACGAUGCCAAGGGUCGCAAGUGCGGCGGGCUCAUCAAGUGGGUUAAUCACUUACUUAGUUAUCCUACAUUUCUAAUACUUCCUAUCCUUUUUAGACUCCUCCAAGAGAGCAAAUCCUGGAAGCUGGAGCAGAGCAACGCCUGUAAAGUGCAGGCGGCCAACGAUGCCGUGCAGGCCACCAAGCAGCUGCGCAAGGAGAUUGUCGAGCUGAUGUCCCAGCUCCUCCAGCUGGCCAGUCGGCGCAGCUCCAAGGACAUGAUGCCGCUGUGCAACCAAAUGGUGGCCCGCACACGCACCCUGCUCAACAUCUGGGAGCCCAGCAUUGUGGAGGAGGCGGUGGCCUUCAUCGAGCGGCAUCGCAUCAUCGAGGAGCCGGAGAACGUGCUCAUGGAGCCGAUGUCCCCGUUCCGCAAGAUCACCCAGCAGCUAACUGCACUGGAACUCAAGUCACCGGAGCUGGAGGACUUUGCCACGCCGGUGGUGGCGCCACCGGAUCUCUGGCCACGCGGACAGCCGCCGCUGAUGCGCUCGAAUAGCUGGCAUCCGAGCAAUAGUUCUCCCUGCAGCUCGCUGGACAUCCGGGCCAUCGAUUCGCUGCAGCAUGUGGUCAAGUGCUACAACGAUCACCUGCGCAGCCUGGAGAGGGGCGGAGAUCUUAACCAGGAGGAGCAGGAUGAGGAUGAGUCAGAGGCUACAUAUCAAUCCUUGCCUGUGGCUUGGAAUUCCCAGCCAGCUGCUCCUCCCGCCGUGCUGCAGCUCAUCGAUCUGGACGAGAUUGGGCGAAAGAAACAGCAUCCACAGCCUCAGCCAUCCGCUGGCUUCCUGGACACCAAGCUGAUGAGCUCCUCGCCGUCGGCCAACUACUACCGGCCCACCGAGGAGCCGGAGCCCCUCGAUCUCACCCAGCUGAACAUCGAGGCGAGCGUGAUGUGCCUGGUCAGCAAGCUCAAGUUCUUCUGCGGCCGCUGCGACAGUCCGGCCAUCCGGCUGCGUCAUCCCAAGGCGCUUAUUAAGCGCGAGGGAUUCGCAGUGGCUCCGCAACAGGCGCCGGAUGUGAUUGCCACUCCCUCGACGGCAGUUAAGCAGCCACCGAAUCUCGAUCUUGAUCUCAAGCCAGGCGGAUCGGUGCCCGCGAAGAGGGGCAACAAGUUCACCGACGGCCUCGACCUCUCGAUGACCACUGACUGGGCUGCGGAGCUGCGGCCCAGCAUGCGCAAGCUGCGCCACGCCAUGGACCGCCUGCUGAAGACCGCCCGGCUGAUGCACUCCGUCCAGCGGCUGCAGCAGGACAUGCGAUGCAACAGGCUGCAGGCGAGCAUCAUGUACCGCAGGGACGUCUGCUUCUCACAGGCGCUAACCGCUCUGGUGAGCUCCCUGAUGCUGCGUCUGUGGGGCAGCGAGCUGGACAUGGGCUACCUGGUGAUGCUGCGCGACCUGGGGCCGCUGGCCUACUUCGAGGGCCUGCUGACGCUGUACGGGAACGAGGCGGACAUGUGGAGCGACAUGUGCAUCGCCAUCGAGGACCUGUCGGCCGUGAGCUUCCAGUUGGUGCGGGCGCAGGGUGAGGCGGCCAUGGCGCCCAUGCCAAGGAUCACGGGAUCCCGUCAGUCGCUCGAGGUUCAGCUCCCCGUGCCGGAGCACUCGCUGCCCGGCAACGGCACCUCCAUCGCCUUCAAGAUCACGCCCGUCUUCUUCAACAUCGGCAUCAACGAGAAGGCCAGCUUCGCGGAGACGCUCGGCCAGACGCGGGAGCAGCACCGCUCCAACUGGGACAACUAUUUGCGACUCAGCCAGUACUUCGGGCGCUAUCGCAAGCUGGGCCUCGGCUCCGUGGACGCCGGCGAGUCGCUGCAGUCGCUGCUGGGCUUCAUGGAGCAGCAGCUGCGGGCAAAUGUCUCGAAGAAUGUGAAGAUCCUGCAUCUGGCGGAGGAUGCCUGUCGGCUGAUGGACGGCCUGCGGUUCACCUCGUGCAAGAGCGCCAAGGAUCGCACUGGGAUGGCGGUGACCCUGGAGCAAUGUCGCGUCCUGGUGCGCGAGUUCCAGCUGCCCGCGAAGCACGUGCCCUACGCACUCAGCACAAUGAGGAGUGAGGGCACCCGAAUGGACAACGUACUCAAGAACAUCGGCAAGCGAAAGUAUGCCUUCAAUCGCACUCAGGUCUCCUUUCUGCCGGCCAUGUACAGGCCGCCAGUGGGCAGCUACGGCAAGGCGCAGACUUAGAAGAGUACUUAAUUACGAAAAAAAUAUACAAGUGUGCCAAAAAUGCGAGGCAAGCAAAGCAAAAAUACAGCGAUUAAGUAAUUGCGUAGGUAACUAAUUAAAUUAGCACAUUCAAGGAUUAUCUUCCGGACAAUUGUUAACGCAUCACACGAUUCUCCAUAUUUAUUUAGGCUAUAACCAUGUAGUUGGUAGUUUCCCGUUUGAGGCAUGUACUUCCAGUGAAUAAAGAGAAACCAAAACUUGUUAACCACUAUUAAA